AUGACCAAACCUGAUACGGCAGAGGUGUGCAGUUUAGCUGGAAAAUCUCGCCAGUUCAAACCACCUCCAGAGAUCAGAAGCAACGAGUUGCAGAUUGUGCACGCUGCGGAAGCCAUGACCAUCAAGCAUAUGAUUGCCCCCGAGCGUCCAGACAGUAACGACUCCGUGCUCCGGGAUGUUUUGCACCGGCUACAGGAAAACGGUGUCAAACUGAAGGCAGAAAAAUGUCACUUCCGUAAAGACUCAAUCGUCUAUUUGGGGCACCGGAUCGACAAAGACGGCUUGCACCCGUUGGAAAAGAACCUGGCUGCAAUACGCGAUUCACCACGGCCUACGAAUCCCGACCAACCAGUCCGGUUGGAAUGUGAUGCAUCACCGUCGGGUUUAGGUGCCGUCAUCUCGCACCGCAUGGGCCACGUGGAUAAGCCCAUCGCUUUCCGUUCACGCGCACUGACGCGCGCCGAAAAAAAUUAUUCGCAGCUCGAGAAGGAAGCUCCGGCGCUAGUGUUCGGAGUCUCAAAGUUUCGAGACUACCUGUUGGGCCGCGAGUUUGUGCUGGUGACGGACCACCAACCACUUGUGGGUCUUCUACGAGAAGAUCGACCGGUGCCUCCAAUGGCGUCGGCGCGUAUCCAGAGGUGGGCUCUGUUCCUAAGUCAGUACCGAUACCGCAUCGAGUACAGGGCCGGGAAGCAAAACGCCAAUGCAGACGCACUUAGACGUUUGCCAGUGCCGACACCAGAGGCUGUUCACUCGGGAACCUUGCCAGAAUACGUGCUGGCUACAGAGAAUCUUGACAGUUCGUUCGUGCCAGCGGGUGCUUUGAGGGAACUGACGAGUGCAGACAAAGAUCUUUGUGUUGUCCAGAACUUCAUGCUUAAGGGAUGGCCUAAACGCCUCUCAUCAUGUCACAGUCAUCUUCAACCUUACUUUUGCAGAAGACUGGAACUGUCGAGCGCAGAAGGUCUGCUCUACGGGGGUCAUCGAGUUAUCAUACCCUGCAAGGCGCGGGGGCCCAUGCUCUCCGAGCUACACCGGUCACACCAGGGAGCAUCGGCGAUGAAAAGACUGGCUCGGACGCUGUUCUGGUGGCCAGGGUUGGAUGACGGGCGCAUGCUGCUGAUAGUCGUCGACUCGCACACGAAGUGGAUCGAGGCACUCCCUGUCAGGUCGGCAACCACCGAAGUCACAAUAACACAUCUUCGCGAAUUAUUCGCGCGUUUUGGCUUGCCGCAAACUGUAGUGUCAGAUAACGGGCCCCAGUUUGCAAGUCAGCUGCAGUUUGCCCAGUUCAUGACAGACAAUAUAACGCAUCUGCGCAGUGCCCCGUACCACCCACAAUCGAACGGCCUUGCGGAACGCGCAGUUCGCACUAUCAAGGAUGGCCUUGUCAAACAUUCGAUGGUGAACGACCUCGACGCCAAACUAGCGCGAGUAUUGCUAGGCUACCGACGCACGCCCCUACCGUGCGGAAAGUCUCCUUCGGAACUGCUGCUUAAUUAUCAAGUUCGUUCACGCUUGGAUACAUGUGUGCCAUCCUUAUCUCGGAGUCGUUUCCAGCCUUCCAGAUUCCAGCCCGGGGACCCGGUGUGGGUGCGCAACUUUGGACACGGGAGGCGGUGGUGCCCAGGCGUCAUCAAAGGCACCGAAGGUUCGCGCCUCGUGACAGUUGACACACCAGGUGGACCAACCCGGCGUCACUUAGACCAGAUUCGCCCGCGGGUGUCUAGGUCACCCGGGACUCCAAGGGCGGAGACUGUCGAACCAGUACCGCCCAGCCCUGACAACGGGGAGCAGCAGGAGUCACCACGAGAGGAGCGGUUAAGCCCGCCAACUCCAGCACACAAGGACGCUGUUCCCGUUCCUUCUACAACGCCACCAACAUCUAUUUCAGCUGUGGGGGUUUCCCCAACUCCUCCGGUCUUACGAAGGUCUACCCGACUACGAAGACCCGUGCAAAGACUCAAUCUUUAA